UUCAAACAGACGGAGGAUGGACUUCACGGUCACGCUAACGGACUCUCUUACGACCGAGCCUAAAAAGUGCACUUUACGGAUUUAAACACUUUGCUUCAUUUUCCGACCGUUUUGGGUUCCAGCGACUGUGAAGACUCGUGUUUUCUUUAUUUAUUAUUUUUUUCCGCCGCAGCCCCUGGAUGAUCCAAAAUGACUUUUACUAAAUGGCCACUGGUUGGAGCUUUGCGCAGAUCCAUUGAAAAGAGUGCCAUGAGUGGAUGAAAACACCCAGCCUUUAAUCCAGAAAGGAUUCCUCUUCUCCGUGAUAAGAGUCUGCUAACCGCGUGUAAGGACCACUGGGAGUACAAGAAUCAAGUCAAGGACACGUUCACUCCCCCCUCAGCCCGCAGGAAGAUGAGAAUGAGAAAAUAAAGCUCUGCAGAGUCGAGGAUCUUAAUGAAUACCAAGGAGUCUUAAAAACAAGCAGUGUGCAUUUGUGUAUGUCUUUGUGAGAGGAUCCAGCAACCAUGUGGACAUUAGCCUUGACUGUCCACUGCCUUCUGGCUGCUGCACUGCUAUUGGCUUGCUGCCUCCAAUCAGUAAUGGCCACUGACGACGAUGUCACGCCGCGCAUCAGUUUCCUAUACAAUGCGAAGGAGAGGUCGGCCAAGAGAUUCUCUGUGGACGGCGUCUUCAAUUACACCUCUUUGCUGCUCAGCCAGGAGGACGACAUGCUGUACGUCGGAGCCAGGGAGGCACUGUUUGCCCUCAGCCUCUCCGACAUCAGCAAGACCAAGCUGCAGAAGAACCUGACGUGGGGCACUCCCGCUGGAAAGAGAGAGGAGUGCAGCUUCAAAGGCAAGAACCUGGAGACUGAUUGCUUCAAUUACAUCAAAAUCCUUCUGCGGCUGAAUAGCACUCAUCUCUAUGUGUGUGGCACCUAUGCUUUCAGUCCCAUCUGCGCCUACAUAAACACGUCAACGUUCACACUGGAGCGAGAUGAAAUGGGUGAGGUCGUGAUGGAAGAUGGGCGCAGCCGCUGCCCUUUUAAUCCAGAGUACAAAUCCACUGCCAUCAUCGUUGAUGGUGAAUUGUACACAGGUACUGUCAGCAACUUCCAAGGGAAUGAGCCAGUCAUUUACAAGAGUUUGGGACAGGGAACUGCACUGAAGACAGAAAACUCUUUAAAAUGGCUGCAAGAUCCAGUCUUUGUCGGGUCGGCUUACAUCGAGGAGAGUCAGCCAAUAGGGAACCCCGUGGGCGACGACGACAAGAUUUACUUCUUCUUUAGCGAGGCGGGAAAAGAAUUCGACUUCUUUGACAACACCAUUGUGUCGAGGAUUGCUCGCGUGUGUAAGGGUGAUAAAGGAGGUGAGCGGGUGCUGCAGAAGAAAUGGACCACAUUCCUGAAGGCCCAGCUCCUAUGUUCCCUCCCCGAUGACGGCUUCCCCUUCAACAUCAUCCAGGACAUGUUUGUCCUGAAGCCUAUGGGAGACAGCUGGGAGAGCACCGUCUUUUACGGCGUCUUCACCUCGCAGUGGUAUAAAGGAGCCUCAGGCAGCUCAGCGGUGUGCGCCUUCACCAUGGCUCAGGUGGAGAGAGCCUUCAGCGGGCGCUAUCGAGAGGUCAACAGGGAGACCCAGCAGUGGUACACCUAUAACCACCCUGUGCCAGAACCACGGCCCGGGGCGUGCGUGACCAACCACGCCAGGCAGAUGGGCAUCCAGUCGUCAUUGCACAUGCCGGAUAAAGUGCUCAACUUUGUCAAGGACCAUUUCCUGAUGGACAGUGUGAUCCGCAGUGCUCCCCUGCUGCUGAAACGCAGCGUGCGCUACACACAGAUCGCCGUGCACAAGAUCCAGGGCAUGGAGAGGGCUUACGACGUGCUCUUCAUUGGAACAGAUGAUGGAAAGCUCCAUAAAGCCAUCAAUGCCAAUGAUAAGAUGCACAUCAUAGAGGAGCUGAUUCUGUUUCCUGAGCCUCAGCCCGUGCAGCACAUUGAACUCGAUCCUCAGAGGGGUUUGUUGUUUGUGUCAUCCCACUCUGGACUAGUGGAGGUUCCUGUGGCCAACUGCUCCAACUACCUGAGCUGUGGAGAGUGUGUGUUGUCCAGAGACCCCUACUGCGCCUGGACCGGGCGGCUGUGUCGGGACGUUAGGAUGGCUCCACCUGACAGUCACUGGCAGCAGGAUGUGGAGGAGGCCGAUACAUCAGCGAUUUGUAACAAGACGUUUCCCAGCUCCAGAUCUGCCAGACCAGCAGCUUCUCGUGGCACCCAUUGCCAGCUCAUUACAAUCCCAGCCAACACAUUCAGAGUGCUGCCGUGCAAGCUGCGGUCCAACCUGGCAAAGAGGAGGUGGCGUUACAGUGACAGCGCCAGCCAAUUCCUCUACGCUACUCCAGAAGGAAACCUGGUCGUGGUGGCUCAGGCCGACAGGAUGGAGACCUACGAGUGCUGGUCAGAGGAGGAGGGUUUCCGCCAGCUGUUGGCUAACUACUGCGUGAGGGCAGAGCCCCGCCAGGAGAGCACCACUCUGAUUGGUCACUCACGCACACCACACAUUAAGCAAGAGGAGACCAUCAUCCUGCCCGGCAAGUCUCCCUCCGAGCAAGUCCACACGAAGACGUACUGGAACGAACUGAUUGUCGUGUGCGCCCUGCUGGCGUUCUCCCUGGUGGUGUUCUCCUUGUUCGUCAUUUACAGGAACCGUGAUCACAUGAAGUCCAUGCUGAAGCAGGGCGAGUGUCCAAACAUGCAGCAGAAGAAGCCGAGGAUUGUGGGAAAGCCUGCUGAGAGCUUACCCCUCAACGGUAACACCAUCCCUGUUUCCACUUCAGAUCACAAGGGCUACCAGACGUUAAAUGACAACUACAUCUGCAGCACGCCCACGCACGAGUCCUCACCAGACAACAGCAAGAGCUUCUCCGAGUCCUCCGACAGGCGGCCGCUUAACCUGAAGGAGAGCCACGUGGAAUACUCCCCAACCUGCCCUCGGCCCAGAGUGAGGCUGGGCUCGGAGAUCAAAGACUCUAUCGUAUGAGAGCGCAGUGUGCGCUAAAAGAUGCCACCCUGUAUCUCUGUGAAGGAUACAGGCUCACUGAGAAAAAGGGAGAGGAGAUGCUGACAUCCUCCUACAUCACAGCACAUCUUUUAUUUUAGCCAUCUUUGUUCUGUGAUCAUGUGCGGAGGUAAUUUCAUUUAACCAUUUCCACUCCGAAGCCAGAGGUUGGUCCAGUUUGCUGCGUGGGGGCCAGUGGAGGAAGCAGCACAACAAUUUGGUUUUCAGCCAGGAUCACGAACCAUGGCAGCUGCUAAGAAUAAUUAUAAUAACACAGUGUUUCUUUUUUUUUUUUUUUUUUUUUUACCUGAGUCAUUCUCAUGGCCACUAACAGCAUAUGUGUGUGUGAGUGUAGGGCUGGGCAAUAUGGAGGAAGAAAAAAAUAAAACAAUACUCUGAAGACCUUCCUCCUGUAUUAAUAUUUAUCACAGUAUCUCUUUAGAUAUGCAAGAUCCAGCAUUAAAUUGUCUAGUUGAUGUCCAUCACAUGAUAUAAUAAAAACAAUAGACAAUAAAUAAUAAAUAUUGAUAUUUUGUCCAGCCCUAUUUGAGUAUGUGUAACCCUGCACAUGGCUGCCAUACAUACUGUUAUUAUGCACACUAGAUCCAAGCUACAGCUACAUGGAGAACAAGAAUUCAGGUCUAGGGGAAUAUAAUGCAUACUCAUUAUGAUCCGCAUGUUAUGGAAGCAAGUCAGAAGCACAUUUGUUCCCUUUCUCUGAAUAAAUGUCAUGACUGUGUGAGGAUAAAGGCGAUGAAAGACGAGGUAGACCAGAAGCGAACACCACACCUUGGUUAAAUAGAGCCCUCUUAAACCUGUUGGAACAACAUUGAAAAGGACUUUAAGAAAGAUAAUCAAAAGACGUGACCAAGAAAUUAUGCUCCAGGGCCUAAAUACCUGCGUUUACCUCUUGAAUGUAUGUUGUUGCUCAAAAAAAAAAAAAAAAAGGUCUGUUUCAUUCACACAAAACUGCACCGUGGACUGUUUAGGGAACCUGUUGCUUUACAUCUCUGCUCAUCUGAGACAGCCCUGCUCUUCAGAACUGACCUGUCGGUACCAUGAUGAGUUACUGAAGUGUCUGAGACACAGAUAUCCUGGUUUUGAGGUGAAUGUGGAAAAGAGACCUGACAUUACAAACACAAAGAGCCAAGAAAAAAAAAAAAGGGUGGGGGGGGGUUGGGGGGCGUCCACACCUCUACCAUGUUCAGGGCAGCAUCGAAAUCAUCACGUGCACUGUGCCAAAAAAUAGAAAUAACUUGAUUGUCUUAUCUAAAUGCAAUAGUGCCAUUCUGUUAUGACCACUCCCAUCUCAUGCAUUGUGUUAGCAUUGAUCACUGUCGAAGAGCACAUGGCGAUGGAACCAGAGUUGGGUUUAACAAAAGCAAAGUGGCACUAAUAAUAUGAGUGGAAUGUGAAGUGCAAGUGGAAAUUUUUCAAGACUGUUAGCUUAUGAAAAAAAAAAAAAAAAGCUUUUCAAACUGUGUUGGGAAAAAAUAAUUGACUUUUAUGUAAAAUCAGAACUGGGGCCAAAGGAUAUUGCGCGGAGGUAACUUGCCUUGUGGUUGUCAGGUGAGAGAAUAUUCCAGUUUUCCUUCAGCUACCCUUAAAGGAGUUAUCUGCCUUCUUAGUGAUCACACUGAAACAUACAACUAGUUUUAGUCUGAGAUUGAGCUGGACGAGCACUAACACCAAACACUUUGGGGUUAAGUGCUAACAAGCCCACUCAGAACCGCUGUAGUGGAGAGUUAAUUUUAGGUGGUCUCUUGUCCAGACUGCAUCUGCACUGUGUAGUGAUAUAGGUGCAUAGAGAUCUCUGUAUUAGCUCAAUAUAAGCCCCGCCCCACCAGGUUCCAUUUCUCACACGUGGCAUCCGCUUAAGUCCAAUGUCAGUACGUUUGUUAAUGUGAAAGCACAAGUAAUCAGGGUGUUGAAUACUUACAGGUUUGCACAUUUCAGUAAAAUUGGAGCAUAGUCUAAGAAACUUUGCAACUACUGACAGAGAGAGUGGCUGCUAAGGAGUUUUUAUAAAUCAGCCAUUACAGGGACCAGUACAGCCGUCACGAACAGCUCUUGCACCCACAUUGCUUAGACUUUUGAGACUUAUCAAGCAGAAAUUUCCAAAGACGUAGGAAGCUGAUAGUGUUGUGUAAAUCUGAAUGAGAAUCAUUUACAUGGCCAUAGGGACAACAUGGCGCCACAUGUCUUAGAAUACAUCACCAGUUCACUGUAUUGAUCAAAUAAGCCUACAGUAUAUUAUUCCAGUAUCACACAGAAUCAGCAUUUUGCUAUUUUGGACACUGAGCAGAUGAUGAAAUGCUAUGUAACUGCUACGAGUUGACAAAGUAAUUGCACAGCAUACUGCGCAACAGUGGUCAGUGUUUUCCUUUUUUUUUUUUUUUUUGGUUUGGUUUUUGUUGUGUAUAUACAGUACCUGUGCGUAAUAUUGUGUGUUUUUAAGGGACCUUGUGCAAGAUGUGUUGUAGAGAUAGUCUUGAAACUAGAGAGUGAACACUGCUGAUAUUUUUUUUGUCAUGAUGCUUUUUACUGCCUACUUCAGCAAACAUUUCAACUCUUGCACAGAAUGCAGCACAUUUCUCAACAAGCUGUUUGUUCAGCACCUGGACUGGUUUUUUUAUCAAGCACAUCAAAGCAGAAUAUCUGUUUUUAUUUUCAUGCCAUACUGAAUUAAAUUAAUAGUUUGAGGUCUUAAGAAAAUAUGGUAUAAUUUAGAUGAUAUACUAAUAAUAUGGAUAGAAUUGUAAAUAUGAAGCUACAGAUAGCAGCCGGUUAGCUUAGCUUAGCACAAAGACUGGAAUCCAGGGGAAUAGUUAGCCAGGCUGUCAAGAUCUAACAGUAUUAACACUGUACCUCCGUGGAGUCUUGUCAUCUUGAAGCUAAAACUCGAAAACUCCAGGAAAUAAAUGCUCUCAGCCAAGAAAUAGCCCAGCACAUAACUCCCUCUAAAAUGACAGGUUUUUAUGCUUCAUUUUUUUGGAAGCUCAAAAAAAUAAAAUAAAUAAAUAACAUGUUAAGGAUGGAGCCCAGCCGUUUCUUCCUGUUUUCAGUUUUUAAUGCAAAGUUAAGCUAACUGGCUGCUGGCUCCAGCCACAUAUUUACCAUAAAGAUGUGAGUGGUAUCAGUCCUCUCAAAAUCUCAUUUUUUUAAGCUGAGGCUGAUCAAAUUAACAUGUGCCAACAGGUGUCUAACAAUAAAAAAUCUGAUUCUGAAAGCCUCAGCAAAGAGCAUUGUUCAUCACCACUGCUAAGACUAAGAAUUUCUAAACCAUAAAGUCUCUGGAGGCUGAAUAAGCUUUGAUAUGCUUGAUGGAUAAACCUCACACACGUUUUCAGAAUGCCUUUAGACAUCACGUAGCUCUGCCUUUAGCCAUGUGCCACAUUCUACACUACCCAGCAGUGACCUCACCAUCAGAAAUGUGGUGAAUGGCAUGAUUGUAGCCCUCCGUGGGCACACUUAACUCCACAACACAACACGGGUCAACUAUAGAUUUACAGUUUCACCCAAGCCACCAUUAACUUUACCCAGGAGCUGCUCAAAAUCUUAUACCGUUCUGUCUCUGCUUGUGUCAAAAGUGAUGCUGUGUGCAUAGGAAACACUUUUCUGAACAGUUCAGUAUUUAACAGUAAUAUUACUUCCUGAUCUCAUAUAAAAAGCUGAAGUUACGAAACCAUUUGACCUUAAUAGUCAAUAAUGCCAAAAGGGGUAAAUACUGUGUCGUAAAAGUUGUGCAUAUUUAUUAAUGACAUGCUUUUCAUUAAAAAAGCAAAUAAUCCCACGGUGACUGAUGCUUCAUUUUGAGUGGCUCCUCAGUAUAGCAACAUACUGUACUGGACAUGAAUGUAGCCAACUAUAUCAUAUUUACAGCAGCCUAUUUUCCUAAAAUAGCUUAAGUAGGCCAUCCAGUGCAACACCUUUUCAGAAUUUUGUUUAAACGGUCAUACAACAAAGAAACAGCACAACAGAAGUAAUUAAUCAUUUGUGCUGCACGAUGUAGUCCUGCAGUAAGAUGCAAGCACAGCUCCAAAUCCUCCAUAUCGGCUCAGCCAUGAGACACAGCAACAGCUUUGCCUCAGCAUACUGAACACCAUAAGCUUAGUUGACUGAAUAACUAUUAGACAAAUGUGGUCUUGCCUGCAUGAUUUUUUUUUUUUUUUUUUUUUGUUGUGUACAAAUAACAUUGUGAACUGUAUUUUUUGUAUCAUUGAGAUUGUGACUGUUGUUUUUAUUAUAUUGUACAUAAAAAGCACUUUAUUUUAAUUUUUUAAGAUAAAUAAAAUACAUGUUUUGACA